AUGGACACAAAAGCAAUGCACUUACUAAUAAACCUUAUCGCCAUCACGUUCCUAUCACGUGUACCAUAUUCGACCGCGGUCCAGCCAUGCCUAAACUGCGGCCGAACUCUAGUCCCCUACCCGCUUAGCACCGGCCCUGGCUGUGGUGAGUACCCUCUAUACAAGAUACGGUGCACUGCCGGCACACUCUUUUUUGACGCUCUAAAUGGGUCGUCUUACCCUAUCAUUGCCAUCAACCCGGUAACCCAACGAAUUACCAUCCGACCAACGGGUAUUUCAGCCAAUGCUUGCAUUGCUGGUGAUUACCAUAGUCGGGGAAUUCAGCUAGACCGCAAUCUCCCCUUCCGAAUUGCCGCUGGAAACACUAUUUUCCUCCUGAACUGCACGGAUGCUGCUGUGAAGAAGUUGCGCCCACCACUUGAUUGUUCGGCGAACAGCGAAUGCCACAAGUACAUCAAGGACAAACCGGUCAUUGCAUGCAUGAAAUCCCCAGUGUGCUGUGCGUUUAGGGUUGAUGGAAAGGUUUUGCUGGAGUAUGGCUAUGGGGUGAGUGUUGGAGGAGGUGAACCAUGUGCUGCAUACGAGAGCUUUGCGAAGCUUGAGCUGACGACGAUGAAAACGAAGAGGUGGCCGGAGCCAGAGAUGGAGUUGGAGUGGGAUUUGCCAAAAGAGCCAAUUUGUAAGAAUCCAGUGGAUUGCAAGGAGGUUUUGAAUUCCAAGUGUUUGGCUGAUCCUGUUAGAGUUGGGCAGAAAAGGUGCAUGUGUGAUGUUGGGUUCAAGUGGGAUCCUAUCACUGGAUUGUGUCAAAAUUUGAAGUGUACAAAACAUGGGAAAGGCUGCAAAAUUAAAAAGAAGAAAAAAUCGAAGCACAUUGCUGUUGUGGCCGGAGUUGUGGCCGGAGUCGUACCAUUACUAAUCGGAAUCGGAAUUUUAGUCUACAAGCAACACUCCAAGUUGAAUUCAGAGAAAGAAGCAAAGAAAACUCUCGUAAAAGAGCGAGAACAGAUCCUAAACUCAAAGAGCAGUGGCAAAUCGGCAAGAAUCUUCACCGGCAAAGAGAUCGCGAAAGCCACCAACAACUUCUCCAAGUCCAACCUCAUUGGCUCCGGCGGUUUCGGUGAGGUCUUCAAGGGCGUCUUUGACGACGGAACCGUCACAGCAAUCAAGCGAGCCAAGCUUGGCAAUACAAAGGGAAUAGACCAAAUCCUAAACGAAGUCCGAAUUCUAUGCCAAGUAAACCACCGGAGCCUCGUCCGUCUCCUUGGAUGCUGCGUCGACCUCGAAACGCCUCUCCUCAUCUCCGAAUUCGUCCCCAACGGAACUCUCUUCGACCAUCUCCACCGCCACAGUUCACGAAAAUUGCCUCCGCUCAGCUGGCGCCACCGCCUCCGAAUCGCCCACCAGACCGCGGAGGGACUCGCCUACCUCCACUCUGCAGCCGUGCCGCCAAUCUACCAUCGUGACAUAAAAUCUAGCAACAUCUUGCUCGACGAGAAGUUCGACGCAAAGGUAUCCGAUUUCGGGCUAUCGAGACUUGUUGAACAAAGCGAUAAUCAGACUAAUGACAGCCAUAUCUUCACUUGCGCGCAAGGUACGUUAGGGUAUCUUGAUCCCGAGUACUACAGGAACUUCCAACUCACCGAUAAGAGCGAUGUUUACAGCUUCGGAGUCGUUUUGCUUGAGAUACUGACCGCAAUGAAGGCGAUCGAUUUCAGCAGGCAAGAAGAGGACGUGAACUUGGUGGUUUACGUGAAGAAAAUGAUGAAAGAAGAGAGGCUGAUGGAGGCGGUGGACCCGGCGCUUAAGGACGGAAGUUCGAAGCUCGAGACGGAGGCCAUGAAGGGUUUGGGGCUGCUGGCGAGUGCUUGCUUGAGCGACCAGAGGCAGAAUCGGCCGUCGAUGAAGGAAGUCGCCGAUGAGAUUGAGUACUUGUUUAGUAUUUCAACGACUAAGACUUCCUUAGAAUAG